AUGGACUUCAAAUCAUUAAUGGCGGCGCAAAUCGCCAAAUCCAAACCGAAACCGGCGCCGUCCAAAUCGCCAGACCAGUCAUCCGAAUCACAAUCGCCCGCUCAAAAGUACCUCCGCCGCGCCGAACUGGAAGCAGCACGCGAAGCAGCUUACGCGGCCGAACAAGCGCGGCUCGAAGCAGAGCGAGAAGAGCGAGCGUCCAAGAAGCGCAAACUGGAAGAAGAGGAAGCGGCGCGCGCAGCGGCCCGAGAAGAGAAGAAACGUCGACUGGCCGAAGAAUCGCGGCGGCGUCGCGAAGCAGAAGAACGAGAGGAAGAACGCAAGCGACGGAAACGACUAGGUCUUCCUGACCUCGAUUCUGAAGGCAAGACACCACCACCCCCGACAUCGACCUCAACAUCAUCAACCACACCGACACCUGCAGGCGACCAAGUAGACAUCGCCGACGACGAGUUACGGAGCAAACUGCGCUCCCUGAACGAACCGGCGGCACUGUACGACGAACCGCACACGUCACGCUUGAAGCGAUACUACGCACUCACAUCUGCGAAAUCGUCCUUGGCCGCCAAACCCAAACUCAGCAGCGGUCCGAUCCCGACGACGCUCGAGCCCGUCGCCGAAAAGGACAUGCUGAUCCCGUCGACGCUGCCGCCCGCAAGCGACGCGGCGGCGCACGGCUACCUGUACCGCCAGCUGGCGUCGUACUUCACGCUGCUGCUGACGGAAUGGGCGUCGGCGCUGGCGUCGCGCGACACGGCGGUCAAGGCGUCGUCGUCGGGCAAGGCGGCGCAGGCGUCGUACCAGCAGGUCCUCAAGGACCUGGCGCCGCUGUUCCGGCGGUUCGAGCGCGCCGACCUCGACCACGGCCUGCUCGAGCCCAUCUGCCAGAUCGUGCGGUCCGCGCAGGCCCGCCGCUACGUCGAGGCCAACGACAAGUACCUGACGCUCUCGAUCGGCAAGGCCGCCUGGCCCAUCGGCGUCACCAUGGUCGGCAUCCACGAACGCUCCGCCCGCGAGAAGCUCCACGAGACCAGCGACGGCAAGCAGGCCCACAUCAUGGCCGACGAGGCCACCCGCAAGUUCCUCCAGAGCAUCAAGCGCUGUUUGACCUUUGCCCAGACGCGGUGGCCGCCUGAGGAUCUGGGUCAGUUGAUGGGUUAA